GCUUGAGCUGCAGGGCAGGUGGCGAUCCCCUGGCCCAGGUGACUCAACUGUUCCGUGAACAUCUGUUGGAGCGAGCACUGAAUUGCGUGGCCCAGCCCAGCCCCAGCCCUGGAUCAGCCGAGGGGGACAAGGAGUUCUCAGAUGCCCUCGGGUACCUGCAGCUGCUGAACAGCUGUUCGGAUAUGGCUGGAGCUCCUGCCUGCAGCUUCUCCAUCAGCUCCAGCAUGGCUGCCACCCCCGGCACAGACCCGGUGGCCAAGUGGUGGGCCUCUCUGACAGCUGUGGUGACCCACUGGCUUCGGCGGGAUGAGGAGGCAGCUGAGAGGCUGUACCCACUGGUGGAGCACCUGCCCUGUGCCCUGCAGGAGUCCGAGAAACCCCUGCCCAGGGCGGCUCUGCACUCCUUCAAGGCUGCCCGGGCCAUCCUAGGCCGCGGGAAGGCUGAGUCUGGCCCAGCCAGCCUGGUGAUGUGUGAGAAGGCCAGUGGGUACCUGCAGGACAGCCUGGCCACCACACCAGCUGACAGCUCCAUUGACAAGGCCAUGCAGCUGCUCCUGUGUGACCUGCUCCUUGUGGCGCGCACCAGCCUCUGGCAGCAGCAGAAGCUGCCGGCACCCACCCAGGCCUCGCAGGGCCCUGGAGGUGGGGCCCAGGCCUCUGCCCUCGAGCUUCGUGGUUUCCAGAGGGACUUGAGUGGCCUGAGGCGUCUGGCACAGAAUGUCCGGCCUGCCAUGCGGAGGGUAUUCCUACAUGAAGCCACUGCCCGACUGAUGGCAGGGGCCAGCCCAGCGCGGACACACCAGCUUCUGGAUCGUAGCCUGAGGAGGAGGGUCGGCCCCUGCAAAGGAGGCGCGGCGGCGGAGCUGGAGUCGCGGCCCACGAGGCGGGAGCAGGCCGAGGCUUUGCUGCUGGCCUCCUGCUACCUGCCGCCUGGCUUCCUGUCGGCGCCCGGGCAGCGCGUGGGCAUGCUGGCCGAGGCGGCGCGCACGCUUGAGAAGAUUGGUGACCGCCGGCUGCUGCACGACUGUCAGCAGAUGCUCAUGCGCCUGGGCGGCGGGACCACUGUGACCUCCAGCUAGACUCCUGCCGGCGGGCCUGCCCCAGAGCCUGGUCUCCGUAUCAGCGUCGGAGAGCAGCGCCGGAGAUCCGGGGCUCACGCCCAGCCCACGGACUGCACGGCCCCUGGGGGGCUGGAGACCCUCGGAGACGUCUGCUCUU